GACGGCGUUCUGCGGACGCGCGAAGCGAAAGCUCCCUUCCUUCGCUUGCAGCGCCCGAGGCGAGGAAGAUGCGCGCAGGCGCAUUUCUUCCCCUGCGCGGAGGCCAAAGGCGCUCGAGAGUUUUCACUUUUCCGGGGAAGCUCACUUGACGCGGCUCCCGCGACUCGGAGUUUCUCCGCCCCGCUGCGCCGCCCCAAGCACCCCCUGCCUGCCUCUCCUGCCGGCAGCCUCUGCCUGGCUUUAACUCCUGUUGGCAAAGCCGAGGAUGCCAAGCAGGGGUCGCGUGCUUGUGCUGGCGGUUCUGCUCGCUGCGUGCAGGGGCGGCUUGCCGCUCGGCUCCGGCUUCCCGCGCCCCGCCGGAGCAGCGGUGCACACCUUGCGGGGCAGCUGGCGGGUGAACAACGCGAACGGCUCGCUGGCUCUGAAAGCCGAGGUCCCGGGCUGCGCGCACACCGCGUUGCUCCGAGAGGGUCUCAUCCAGGAUCCUUACUAUAGAUUUAAUGAUCUGGUCUAUAGAUGGAUCUCCUUGGAUAACUGGACAUACAGCAGAACAUUCAAAGCUCCUUUUGAUAUCAGCAUGUGGCAAAAAGUGAGUUUGGUUUUUGAGGGGGUAGACACAGUAGCACAGAUAGUGGUCAAUAACAUAACUGUUGGAAAGACGGAUAAUAUGUUCCAGAGAUAUAACUUCGAUGUUACUGAUGUGAUCAAGGAGAUCAACACAAUCCAAGUUCAUUUUUUAUCUGCUAUUUGGUAUGCUGCACAACAAAGUAAAAUUCACCAAGCAUACAGGGUACCUCCAGAAUGUCCCCCACCUGUGCAGAAAGGAGAAUGCCACGUGAAUUUCAUCAGAAAGGAGCAGUGUUCAUUUAGCUGGGAUUGGGGCCCCUCUUUCCCCACUCAGGGAAUUUGGAAGGAUGUUAGAAUUGAAGCAUAUAGUCUUUAUCAUCUUGUCUACUUCUCUGUGAUUCCUGUCUAUGAGCGAAACACUCAUCAGUGGCAUCUUCAGAUAGAGUCGGGGUUUGAUGUUGUCAGCAAAAAGCCAAUUGCUGGAUUUGUGGCUGUGAACAUUCCUGAGCUGAGGACCCAGGAGGUGUUCACUGUGCAACUUCUUCCUGGAGAAGGCAGUAUUGCACUGCUUGUAAAUAUCAGUAAGAGUGUGCCAGUGGAACUUUGGUGGCCGUUUGGACAUGGAAACCAGACUGGAUACAACAUGACAGCAGUGUUCGUUAUGCAGGGAGGAUACAAGAUCACAAAACCUUGGAAGGUUUAUUUUCGAACAGUAGAACUGGUAGAGGAACCCAUUCCUGGCUCGCCUGGUUUGAGUUUUUAUUUCAGAAUAAAUGGACUGCCCAUUUUUAUGAAAGGUUCCAACUGGAUUCCGGCUGAUUCUUUUCCUGACAAAGUGAGCUCUAAAAUGUUACGGCUCUUCUUGCAGUCAACGGUUGAUGCCAAUAUGAAUAUACUUCGAGUUUGGGGAGGAGGCAUAUAUGAGCAAGAUGAAUUCUAUGAGAUCUGUGAUGAACUAGGAAUCAUGAUUUGGCAAGACUUUAUGUUUGCGUGUGCCCUUUAUCCAACCAACCAGCACUACUUAGACUCAAUAAGAGCAGAAAUUACUCAUCAGGUAAAGCGACUGAAAUAUCACCCGUCCAUCAUUUUAUGGAGCGGGAACAAUGAAAAUGAAGCUGCACUUUCCACCAACUGGUUCUCCAUUCCAAGUGCACAGAUGAACCUUUAUUUCAAAGAUUAUGUGAUACUUUAUGUGAAUAAUAUCCGAGAAAUUGUUUUUGCUGAAGAUCAGAGCCGUCCUUUUAUUGCCUCAAGCCCUACCAACGGAUUGGAGUCAAUCAAGGAAGGCUGGCUGGCUCGUAACCCUUACGAUACCCAUUAUGGAGAUACCCAUUACUACAAUUACCUGAAUGACUGCUGGAACUGGACCACGUAUCCCAGGGCUCGAUUUGCCUCUGAAUAUGGCUUUCAGUCAUGGCCUUCCUUCAGCACCUUGGCACAGGUGUCUGUUGAGGAAGAUUGGUCUUAUAAAAGUAAUUUCUCCCUGCACCGACAGCAUCAUGCUGGAGGUAAUGACGAAAUGCUUCAGCAGGCUGGGCUUCACUUUAAAUUGCCUCAGGUAGUAAAUCCAGUUGAGAACUUCAAACAGACAAUCUAUCUCACUCAGAUCAUGCAGGCUCAGUGUGUAAAAACUGAAACUGAAUUCUAUCGUCGCAGCCAAAGUGAGAUAGUCAACGGGGAGGGACGGACCAUGGGUGCGCUUUUUUGGCAACUCAAUGAUAUCUGGCAAGGCCCUUCCUGGGCUUCUCUAGAAUACGGUGGCAAAUGGAAGAUGCUUCAUUACUUUGCCAAACAUUUCUUUGCUCCUUUGCUGCCUGUGGCACAUGAGAAGGAAGAUGUUUUCUACAUUUAUGGAGUCUCCGAUUUUCAUUCCGACUACAACCUGGCCCUCAAAAUAAUUUUGUAUGAUUGGAGCAGGAUGGAGCCAGCGUGUACUUUGGUGAAGGACAAUGUGAUUGUUAAGGCAGGAAGUGCAGUUCCCAUUUAUAAGGAGCCCAUCAAUGCUCUUUUGAAAAGAUGUGGAAAUUGUACUAGGCAAAGCUGCAUCAUCACCUUUUACCUCGAGGCUGAAGAUGAAGUCUCCAGUCCAAUUAAUUAUCACUUCCUGUCUUCAUUGAAGAAUGCAAAAGGAUUAAAGAACCCACACAUUCAUGCUUCUGUUUCUCAAGAAGGAGAUCAUUUUCAGCUUGUCCUGGAAGCCACAGCCAUUGCUCCUUUUGUUUGGUUGGAUGUUGGGAACAUCCCAGGAAGGUUCAGUGACAAUGGCUUUCUUCUCACAGAGAAGCAGAAACUCAUAUUCUUUUACCCUUGGGAGACCACUAGCGUCAAGGAGCUGGAGAAGUCACUCAGCUUAAUAUCGCUGACAGAUAUUUCCUGAGGAAAACUCUGCAAGAAUGG